CGGCGGUUGGAACGUUUGUGAAGACCUUCCCUACGGAAUGAAGACACCCUGCAAUAUAUACUCAUUUGGGAUCAACUACGACUGGAGCUUCGACGACGAUGUAGCUACAGCAUAUGGCUGCCAUGUCCACUCGUAUGAUCCAAGCAUGACCAGAGUAUCAGACCACGACAGGAGAAGUAACAUUCAUUUCCAUAAGACAGGCCUUAAUUCUACCGACAGUACAAACAACAAGGGUUGGAGAAUGCGAACCUUCUCGUCCAUUUUAAAGGAAAAUAAUCACACACAGGCUAUAAUCGAUCUGCUCAAGAUUGAUAUUGAAGCUUCGGAGUGGUUUGCCUUUCCUGAAAUGUUACAAAGCGGAAGUUUGAAAAAUGUGAAACAGUUUUGUUUUGAAAUUCAUAUCAAGAUGCCACUUAACCCAGAGCCGGAUAUAGACAAGUACCUAAGAGGUCUGGAGCUGCUGAGAGACUUCUAUAAUGCUGGAUUUAGGAUAUUCCAUACAAAUAAAAAUAUGAUUCCUGCAUACAAGUCAAUGUUUGGCAUGGAGCGAACAGGUUGCCAUGAAAUUUACAUGGUACGCAGUGACACACGGACAUUUGGCUAACAUGGCAUUUCUGUUUAAACCAACGUCUUGUAAACCUCUCCUCAGCAGCUUGAGAAAUAAAUUCACAGAUUAC